AAAGAAAUGAAAUUGAAUUGCUUUUUUACAAUUCAUGGGAGCGGUAGUAUAAAAUAACGAAUUUUAAACACUUUAAUAUCAUAAUCAGAUCGUCAAUUAACCAGUGCAUACAUGUUGACGUGUAAAUAGUCACAUUCACAAGAAAGAAAUUCGAGGGUGUACAAUAAAUAAUAAAAUAAACUCUUAAGAUAUGUAUCGAUUCUUAGUUCUUGGACUGUUUUUCGUAACAGCUAAUUGUGCCUCGCUUAGAACAAAUGAGAUUACAGAAACGCCAAGAAUUUAUUCAGGCGAAGAGUUGAUUGCUUCAGUUGUCAACGAUUGCUUUGAAAUUAAUGGAAUGUCAUGUCUUAAAUCAAAAGUAUUGACAUACCUCGAUACAGUGCUUGGAAUGAAAUCAGAGGAAGCGCGCUCAUUUGAGUCAAAGAAUAUUGAUAAAGUGAUUUAUGAUCGUGUGUCAAGAAUAUUGAAUAGCAAUGAGAUUAAAGUUGAAUUACCAAAAAUUAUCUUUGGUGAUGUUGUUGCUACUUACCGUGCUGAUCGUGGACUUGGAUUCAAAGUGUCAGAAAAGCCAGAAGCUGCUCGUGGAUUACUCAAAAAGAAGCUUCUUUUCCCCGUUUUAUUGUUGUUGAAACUGAAAAUGAAGGCUCUUUUGCCAAUCUUUGUCGCAAUUAUCGGAUUGAAGGCAAUGAAAGCAUUGAUCUUGUCAAAAUUAGCAAUUACAAUUGUUCUUGGAUUCUUGAUUGCACAAUUAGUGAAGAAAACAGGUUUAGGAAUGCCAAUGUCAAUGAUGCCGAUGAUGCCAACUGAUCCAAUGACAACUCCAGCUACCCCUGAUACUUCUUAUGGACCAGCUGCAUGGGAGCCAGCACCAAGUAACUCAAAUUAUGCCUAUAGAACGUCUGCAUGGGAGCCAUCAGCUGCUGGAUCAUCACACAAUCUAGCAUACAGCUCAUACUAUAGCCCAAGUUCAAGCUCAUCAUAUGCGUCAUCAGCCUCACAGCCAUCUUCAUCAGCUGCCUCAGGUAGUUCAUCAUCAAGCUCAUCUUCAAACUCUGCAACUCCUCAGGCUUACUAGACGAUAAUUAUAAAGGAUGCUAAAUUCCUAAAUGAAAUGAGAUGCUGUGUGCACGUAGAAACUCUAAACCAAAAUUUUCCUCUGCUACAAAUUAUUUAUUACUUAAUGUUUAAUCCUUCCUUGUUUUUCUUUUGUUUAAAUAAAAUGGAAUAAUUAAUUUAUUGGAUGACAAUCUGAAAAAAAGGUUU